GCUUGACCGUAAUCUUGUCUCUGCCCGCAGCACGCAGCUUUCAGCCAUGGCUCUCGCGUUCUUGACCGGUUACGAGUAUGAAUAGGUGCGCUUGGCUUCUCCCACUCUCCUUACUCACCACCCCCGCGAUUUCCUCCUGUUCGCUGUCCUGCUGCGAGGGUCCGAGGGUGCUGAUCACAGCCUCCCCAAUAGUUGGCAGUCUUCAGGCAAUGCUGGUGACGAGCUGCCGGCUGGUGCAUAUCCUCUCAGCAGCUGGCCGAGUCCCUAUCCCAGCACCGGCAACCAAAUCUCACCCCGUCGUCGCGAGCAUGCUGUGCAACCUCCUCCUCUGACAACAGCCUUGAAUAAUAGUCAGUUCCAAGGCCUUGGACUUGGUUUAGGAGCUGGAUACUCUCCUACGCCUCUGUCGACCACCUCUCUAUCAAGCCCGUUCACUCACGGCCAGUCUCCUGUUGUGGCUUCUCCGGGGGGAGUUGCCAUCGGAUCUUCGCCCAUGUCGUCCCGACAGUAUACCGUUCCUUAUAACCCUCAGGAUUGGGGCCCGGUGGGAAACACUUCAAUCAAUACGGGGCAACAGACCUAUCCGCAAGCAAAUAAUAUGCUGAGGAUUGUACCUCAGCCACGCUCAUCGGGGCCUCAUUCAGAUGUGUCGCUCUCACCACCGCCUCCUCCCUACUCGCCCCCAAGUCAGCAACACCAGCAGCAACCCAGAGAUCAUGUCAGCCACAACAAUCCAUCCUUGAGCUCGACAUCCCCGAGUGCCACAUCCUCUUACACAGGAGCAAUGCGUUCGAGUGUGGACCAAGCUUCGGAUUACCAACAACGUCGUCUCCCACGGACACGCCCGCUAUCUAUGUUCGUGGGGACUGAACCCGGCCGCAAUAGACGGGUUUCGUUACCUCCUCCACCCCCGUUACCGCAAAGUCUUUCGGGAUCUAGAUCUUCUUCUCGUAGCAGGGGAGAAUCUUAUCGGGAUCAGGCUGCUGUGCCAUUAGGAUCGAGACCAUACAUCGUCGUCUCGCCAGACAAUAUGCGGGCCUCACAGUCGAACAACGGUAGCAUCCUAUCAAGUGCUGACAGCAUGGACGACACUGGUCGUCCUCCUGCUUCGCGAAGAGCCGUCUCGGCCGGGCCUGUGGUAAAUAGCACGAGUUCAUCUCGGGCGCACAGCCAAGCCCGAAGUCGAUCACCUCCAGCACAAGGCUGGGAGCCAGGAAUGCCCCUGCCACCACCACCUCCAGGUCCCCCGCCAAGCACGAGGUCACAGAGUGUGAACGGGCUUUCUGAUGCAUCGUUCGUUCGCAAACAACAAAUCUCUACAAGAGCCGGUAAAGCACGGGCGCCUCCGCCCCUAGGAACCACGCUCGAUAGCAUACCACCAACUCCUGCUGGCUGGGUGGAUGAAACAAUUUCAGUCGUCAGACCGAAGAACGAGAGAUUGCCUCUGAGUAUAGAUACUACAAACACAGCAUCAGGAAGCAGUUCAACAUCCCAUGACACGUCUCAGACAUCGCAAAGCUCCGUCAGUGGCGGUCUUUUCCGAAGUCCAGCUAUCAAAGAUCCCAACGCCAAGGGCAUUCGUGAGAGGCGGAUCGAACGCAGAAACCGGCAGAGUCAGGUUAUGGACGAUCUCAGUGCUGUGUCCAUGAGCAGUAACCCCUGGGCGGAAGCACUAGAGAAGAUAAAACCGUCCAACUUGGUCUUGGAAGACACAACCGCGGAAACGGAGAAGACACCACAUCAGGUUUCGGCCAAAAUCACGCCUCGCAGUACGCGUAGUGUCGGCUCUGAAGUGCAGCAACAAGUUCCGUCAAGAUCCCGGGCGUCUUCUGGAGGCUUGUUCUCGAAUCGCUCCCCGUUCUCGACGCCUAAAGCCGAACCGAGUCCGCUGGGCGCACCAGCCGGGUAUGCGCAAACGCCGCCAUUCUCACCAGGUACAGAACGAUCGAAGCGGACCUCGCCUGCUCUCACGUCAAAAGCCCUUCCAACACCCCCACUUCAACCGCAACAGGAAAGAUCACCCUCUCAGUCGAGAAUCAAAGAGGAGCGGCCUGUAUCCCAUAUUCUGCACUUGCCAAAUGAGAGUGAUCCUGCAGUGUCGCCUCUAGCCCCGCGCCGCCUCUCAGGCCAGCAAGGACCCUCGCUAGAUUCUGUUGUCAAGCGCGAUGAUGAGUUCCUUCGGAACGCCUCUCAAAGGCAUCGGAUCUUCAUAGAAAAAGAGGCUGAUGCUGUGGAUGAGAAGGAAGCGCUUCAGUUGUUCACCGAAUUCGUCAUCGCUGAAUCUCAGAUUCGACGCGAGAGAUAUGCUAAAGUUUGGGACGCAGGGUCGUUUGAUAUGAAUGAGGUGGUCCGCCAACUGUUCGAAUUGCCGCCGAAGACACCGCAGACUACUCAAAUGGCUCCUGCGCUGGCGCCUGCGAUGGCUCCUACAAUGGCUGCCCGGAAAACUCCCAACGGACCCAUACCUAAACCUAAGCUGGAUAUUCCCCAAUCUCGGCCUGACUCUGCUUGGUGGAACAGUUAUCAGCCUUGUCUCUCGCCAAUUGCAAGCCUGGGUCUCAGCAAUGACGAAAUGAGUUCCAGAGGACGUGCUCCUAGCCGAUGGUGGGAGUCGAAGACUGGCUCUAGUAGUGAAGGAGGCGAGAGAAGAGUUCAACGGUCUAAAAGGGAGAGCAAGUACAUGGGUCUGCCACGUGAGGCCCUGCUUCUUGAGGAAAGCCAGAGUCUUUCUGGAAGUGGAAUUGGCGGUGAUCAAGAUUCCACGGGCCAACGUAUGGCAUACGGUCCAGACGAGUAUCCUCCUGAGAAAGUCGGGUGGCACGAGGAGCCAGAAAUGUCGGGUUAUUCGAGUAGGAAAAGUAGCAGUCGCCCUGAUCGGUACGAAAGAUCGAAGAUGGAUGUUUCAAGGCUCAUCACCCUGCCGCCACCUUAUCCCAGACAUUAUCCUGCCGUCAACAACAGCCAUCCUGAACUCGUCACGUAUCGGACCUUGGUCCGAUCAAUCACCGACAUAACCGAAAUCAAAGCUACCCGGCAACGCCAUGAAACAGAUAUGGCCGUCCUAUUCCAGAAUCAUCAAAACAGAGUCAAGGAGGGCCGCCGGCAGUUCAAGGCCAAUAUCCAGAGUGAGAUCCAACAAGGCAGUAUCACGUUUGCAGAGGCUGCAGAAGCGGAAGCAGCACUGAUAGCGGAAGAAGACUCAAUCGAGAGAGAGCUGAUGCAGAGGCAGCUUGAUGAUUUCCAAGAAAUGGUUUUCAAGCCGAUGCGCGCCAUUUUGAGAGACCGGAUUGAACGGGCGACGUCUUGCAUCGACGAGUUACGCAGCAAGCUGUUCGAUGACGCUCGAUGUGGGACACCUGACCAAACACAGGAGGAAGGUGACGAAAAACCGGAGCUUCUGGAGAAGCUCACCCAGCUCAAGUGGCUCUUUGAGGCUAGGGAAACCCUACACCGCGAAGUCUUUGAAUUGAUAAGCGAUCGGGAUGAGAAGUACAAAGCCGUGGUUCUACUGCCAUAUAAACAAGCAGGAAAUGACGAGAAGGUGCUUGAGACCAAUGAAUUCUUCUUGAAGGAUGCAUUGGACCGCCGUGUCAACCACGAAGCAAGUGCUUUGGCUCGCCUGGAAUCGUUCUUGGAUGUGAUUGAGGAGAAUGUGGCCCGUGGGGUGGAAAUACAACUGUCUGCUUUUUGGGACAUUGCGCCGCCUCUACUCGCCCUGGUCCAGCAGAUCCCAGACGAUGUCCGUGGCUUUCUUGUCCAGAUCCCUGGCAAUGAAUAUGAGGAGAACCCGAGUUACCACCAACAUCCAUUGCAAUAUCUCUACACGCUGGUCUCGCACGCCGAGAAGUCCAGCUACCAAUAUAUCGAGUCCCAGAUCAACCUGUUUUGCCUGUUGCAUGAGGUCAAGUCGGCAGUCAUGAAAGCGAGUUGCAGUCUUGUGGAGGCCGAGCGUAUCUGCCAGGGAGAGGCUGAGGACAAGGUCCUACAAGCGCUUCAAGAGUCUAGAGCUGACGAGGAGCGCACGUUGACCGGUGACCUGAAGGACAAGGUCGCUACGGUAGAAGGUCAGUGGGCCGAAGCACUGGGCAGUCAGAUCCAGGGAUUGCGAGAGCGGGUUAAGGAACAACUCAUUGCAGAGAAUGGCUGGGAUGAUAUCGAGCAAUUGGAGCAGGCAUGAGAGCGAGUUGUUUCAGAUGACAAGUGACGAGUUGAUGGCUCAUACAUUGGGUAGGAUGGGUCCAAGGGAGAUUGCCUCGGACUGUUUUCUGUUUUCUGUUUUCUGUUCCCACGAGAUACCCACAUUCGUUCGUUACUGAAUCAAAGAAUCGAUCUAUAUGCUAUCUAGCUAUCUCUGCAGUGCUUAUGGCUCGAAACGAUGAGGCGAUAGGGCAGACCGCCUUUGCACGUGACCUCGACUAGCGACGCGCGGGAGUUGAAAUUAAAUCUUCUA